CCAACUUUGAAGUCUUGUUGGUGCAUUCAAAGCUGAAAAAGGGUAACUCAAAACAAAAAAACAAAGCAUAACAACCAAACAGAAAUCGUACAAGUACACACACAGAGAGAGAGAGAGAGAGAGAGCUUGCUCUGAAGGUUUUGACUUCGUCUUCCAUCACUCAUUCAUUUGCUUGGAAGCACAAGGUGACCAUGACAAGCAAAGCGAGGAAACCAUAUGCCACCACCUUAUAUUUAAUAGUUCAUAGCCGUCUGAAAAUGACCCUCAAGAGAUCUUGUAUUUACUAUAUUCCAAAUAUAAGAAUAAUUCAACCCCUUGUUUUACCCUUCAGCUUCAAGACCAAGAAGAAGAAGUGGGAGGCUGCUAUUUUUUGCCUUUUUUGUCUGGAUCUCUUAAAAGUUAUCAACUUUAAACAUGUGGGUCUAAGCUGAUAGACUCAGAUUAUCUUCUUUUCUUUUUUCUUUUAUCCUUAAAUUUUCUCUCCAGGAUCUUCUCUUCUAUAACUGAUGAGUGAUUCUUCUUUUUCUGUGCAAAGUCAGUUUUUAUAGACAAGAUGGAAAACAUGGAAAAGAGAAAGUUUUCUGAAUUGUUAUCAGAGCUGAUUGUUUUGGCUGAUGAGGUUGCUUCUUUUGCUAAGAACUCUGAAAUUGAGGUGGAUAUUUUUGCUGAGUUUGCCUUGUUGGUAGAGAAAUUUCCACCAAUCUUCAAUGAUUUGAAGGACAAAAGCAGAAUCUUGGACAAGCCACCUAUUAGAAAAUCUUUGGAAUCUCUUGAAAAUGAGCUAAGGCGUGCUAAAGCUUUGACAAGAAGCUCCAAUUUGAGACAACCUAUCAAGCAAAUUGAGGACAUAACACAUGAUAUUGGUCGAUCAUUGGGCCUUCUACUUGUAGCCAGCCUUGAAGUGUCCAUGGAUUUUAAAGAAAAGAUUGGCAUAUUGCAAAGACAGAUGAUGAAUGUAAGAUUUGAUGGCAAUUUGAGUCUAACCUCAAGUCCAAAAUCAGAGUUUGUCAGCAGUAACCAGAAGGUCAAUGCGGAAAUAGAAGAGGAAAUAAUUAAUGUCUCUAUCGAUGAUGUUGUUUUGCAACUUAAGAAUGGUAAUGAAGAAGAAUUUGCAGCUGCACUUUUGAGAUUAAAGGAGUUCAUGAGGAGUGAAAAACUCGAUGGUGGUUUGAUUAACGAGGAAGCAACUGUUUCCAUUCUUUUCAAUCGUCUAGGUUCAUGUAAGGCAGACAAUAGGGUGGCCAUCAUUCAAUUGCUAAGAAGUAUUGCUUUUGGAAAUGAUGAGAAAAAGGAGAAUAUGGCGAAUAUUGAGUUUUUAUCAGCAGUGGUGAAGUCUUUGACAAGAGAUUCAAAAGAGAGGAGGGAAGCUGUGGGGCUGUUGCUAGACCUCUCUGACCUUCCUGCAGUUCGACGGCAAAUUGGAAGAAUUCAAGGGUGCAUUGUUAUGUUAGUUGCUAUUCUUAAUGGGGAUGACCCUGUUGCUUCACAUGAUGCAGCGAAGUUAUUGGAUAUAUUGUCUAGUAAUACUCAAAACGCGCUUCAUAUGGCCGAGGCUGGCUACUUUAGACCACUAGUGCAGUAUUUGAAGGAAGGGUCUGACAUGAACAAGGUCCUAAUGGCGACUGCACUUUCUAGGUUGGAGCUCACUGAUCACAGCAAACAUGUCCUUGGAGAAGAUGGGGCAAUUGAGCCCCUUGUCAAAAUGUUUAAUACUGGGAAACUUGAGUCCAAGUUAUCAUCUCUAAAUGCGCUACAAAAUCUGUCUACCUUGACAGAAAAUGUGCAACGUUUGAUCCGAUCCGGAAUUGCAGGAUCUCUUCUACAACUUCUUUUCUCAGUAACAUCUGUGCUCAUGACUCUGCGCGAGCCUGCAUCAGCUAUUCUUGCAAGAAUUGCUCAGUCAGAAUCAGUUCUUCUUGAUCAAGAUGUGGCUCAACAGAUGCUUUCACUUUUGAAUCUUUCCAGCCCUAUAAUUCAAGGCCAUUUAUUAGAAGCACUAAAUAGCAUAGCUGCCCAUCCUGGCGCAUCAAAAGUGAGAAGAAAAAUGAAGGAAAAAGGUGCUCUUCAGCUACUCUUACCUUUUCUUAAGGAAAAUAACACCAAAAUCCGGAGUAAGGUCUUGCAUUUGCUAUACACUCUCUCUAAAGAUCUAACAGAUGAGUUAACUGAACAUCUUGAUGAAACUCAUCUUGUGAAUAUUGUUAAUAUUGUCUCAUUAUCAACAUCAGAGAGUGAAAAAGCUGCUGGUGUUGGCAUACUGAGUAAUCUUCCUGUUAGUGAUAAAAAAGUGACAGAUGUGUUGAAGAAGGCAAAUUUACUUCCCAUUUUGAUAUCCAUUGUGUAUUCUAGCACAGGAAGUAAUUCACCCACAUCAAAUAGCUUGGCAGAGAGUGUUGCAGGUAUUAUAAUCCGCUUCACAAAUUCGUCUGACAAGAAACUACAACUUCUUUCAGCAGAACAUGGGGUUAUUCCUUUGCUUGUCAAACUACUCUCAAGUGGUUCACCAAUCACGAAAUCGAGAGCUGCUAACUCUUUGGCUCUACUAUCACAGAAUUCUAUGUCUCUUAGGAAGUCUAGAAAGUCAAGUUGGUUGUGUGUUCUGCCCUCGGCCGAUGCAUAUUGCGAAGUCCAUGAUGGCUAUUGCUUUGUGAAGAGCACAUUUUGUUUGGUCAAGGCAGGUGCAGUUUCACCACUUAUCCAAAUAUUGGAAGAUAAGGAGAGGGAAGCUGUUGAAGCUGCUCUCAGUGCCCUUUCAACUCUUUUGCAAGAUGAAAUAUGGGAAGGUGGUGUCAGUUUCAUUGCCAAAUUUUCAGGUGUGCAAGCUAUUAUAAAAAGCCUAGAAGUUGAGAAUGCAAAGGGUCAAGAGAAAGCACUAUGGAUGCUCGAGAGAAUAUUCAGGGUUGAAGAACAUAGAGUAAAAUAUGGAGAAUCUGCUCAGGUGGUUCUUAUUGAUCUGGCUCAGAAGAGUGAUUCUAGAUUGAAGUCAACAGUUGCAAAAGUAUUAGCAGAGCUUGAGCUCUUGCAAGCUCAAUCAAGUUACUUUUGAAAGAAGCCUUUCCUAAUGAUAAAUAUUAUGGGAGUGGUUUUGUUUUGUGUUCCAUUCAUUUAUAUGUUUUUUGUGUACAUGUUUUUGUAUUUUACCUCAUUUUGGAUGAGCCACACUGUUCCAUUCUGGUAUAUGUAAUUUAUUAGAAUGGAAGAUAGUAAAAAAUGUUUGGUUAUGGAGCUUUUAUCUGGUAUUA